AUGGUUAGCCAAAGGCGGCAGUGGAAUAGCAUUAUCCCUUGGCAUGAGAGUCGACAGACGCGAUUGAUAUGUCACGUCGAGAGAGUGACAUUAUGGAAACAUGGUCUUCGAGAAUGGUGCUCUGCCUUUUCUCGUGAACCGACGUUGUCCUUGUGCAAGGUCUUAGUUGAGGAGCUUCGAGUGCGAGGUCUUGUAAGGGCUUUGGGCCUGAUGUUGCGGAUCAUGUGGGAAAGCUCAGGACGCGGUUGGACAUGUUCCGGCAAAGUUGAAGGUUGCAUCUCCUGA